AUGUUGUGGGUGGACAAGUACAGACCCAAAACCCUAGACCAGGUCAUCGUCCAUCAAGACAUUGCCCAAAACCUCAAGAAACUGGUACCUCCUCCUAUUUAUUCCUUUUUAUUACUGUCCGCAUUUGCUUUUCUAUGGGCCCUCUGGUUCUGGCAAAAAACCCUAAUCAUGGCCCUUCUUCGCCAGAUCUUUGGUACCAGUGCUGAAAAGGUGAAGGUGGAAAAUAGGACAUGGAAAAUCGAUGCUGGAAGUAGAACCAUCGAUCUAGAGCUGACCACAUUGUCAAGCACAAACCAUGUGGAGCUAAGCCCUAGUGAUGUAGGAUUCCAGGACAGAUAUAUAGUUCAGGAGAUAAUUAAAGAGAUGGCUAAGAAUAGGCUGAUUGAUACAAAAGGGAGAAAAGGAUAUAAAGUACUAGUGCUCAAUGAGGUUGACAAGCUUUCAAGAGAAGCACAACAUUCUCUUCGUAGAACAAUGGAGAAAUACAGUACCUCCUGUCGUCUAAUUCUUUGCUGCAACAGUUCUUCAAAGGUUACUGAAGCCAUCAGAUCUCGCUGUCUGAAUGUGAGGAUAAAUGCACCUAAGGAGGAACAGAUUGUUAAGGUAUUGGAGUUCAUUGGGAAGAAAGAAGGGCUGCAGCUGCCACCUGGAUUUGCUGCUCGUGUAGCAGAUAAAUCAAAUAGGAGUUUAAGAAGAGCUAUUCUUUCGCUUGAGACAUGCCGUGUUCAACAGUAUCCUUUUACAAGUAAUCAAGCAAUUCCCCCGAUGGACUGGGAGGAGUAUGUCUCUGAAAUAUCUGCCGACAUAAUGAGGGAGCAGAGCCCUAAAAGGCUGUUUCAGGUUCGAGGGAAGUUAUACGAACUACUUAUUAACUGUAUUCCUCCAGAAAUUGUUCUGAAGAGGCUACUUUCUGAAUUGUUGAAGAAAUUGGAUGAGGAGUUAAAGCAUGAGGUCUGCCAUUGGGCUGCAUAUUAUGAACAUAGGAUGCGUCUGGGACAGAAAGCCAUAUUUCACCUGGAAGCAUUUGUGGCCAAGUUCAUGAGCAUCUACAAGGGUUUCCUUAUUGCAACAUUUGGCUGA